AUGGUGUCUUCCGUUUUACUUUUCCUUAACGUACGGUUGCGCGGAUUGCCAGGGGUGAAGAUGCGUGUCUUUAAUAUUCCUUUUCUUUCUUCUCCUUUCUUUCUUUCUUUUCUUUCUUUUCUUUCUUUCUUUCUUUCGUUCGCCCCCCCUUCGUUUUUCUUUCUUUUCUUUCUUUCUUUCUUUCUUUCUUUCUUUCUUUCUUUCUUUCUUUCUUUCUUUGCCUCUGCUCGCCCCCCCUCUAUGUUUCUUUCUUUCUUUUUCUUUCUUUCGUUCGUUCUUUCUUUCUUUCUUUCUUUCUUUCUUUCUUUCUUUCUUUCUUUCUUUGCGUCUGCUCUCCCUCUCUAUGUUUCUUUCUUUCUUUCGUUCGUUCGUUCGUUCGUUCGUUUGUUCUUUCUUUCUUUCUUUUUCGUUCGUUUGUUUUUUCUUUCUUUCUUUCUUUCGUUCGUUCGUUCGUUUGUUCUUUCUUUCUUUCUUUCUUUCUUUGCUUCUCUCAUUUUUUCUCCCCUUUCAUUUUUCUUUCUUUCUUUUUAUCUCUCGCUCUUCUUUAUUUUAUCCUCAUUCAUUUCUGUUCUUUUUUCUUGUUUGCCUUUCUUUUCUCCCCUUCUCUUUCUCUUUCUAAAAAAUCUCCCUUUUUCUUUCAUCUUCCCGCCUACAUUAUUUUCUUAUUUCCCUUCCAUCUCUCUUCAUUUUUUCCCCUCCCUUCUUGCCAUCCCUAUUUUCACCCCUCUCCUUUCAUUCCUUUUCUUUUUCUUCUUCUUCUGA